UCACACCCAACCUCCCACUGUAAAAAAGAGCAGCGGAACGUGCGUGCAUCCAUCCAUCCAUCCAUUUCCAAUCCCAAUCCCAAUCCCACCAGUGUCCAGUGCUCGGGGAACCGACACAGCUCCUCAGCAGAGUAGCCAGCACGACAAGCCCGAUCAGCAGACAGCAGGCAUGGCACUCGCGGAGGCCGACGACGGCGCGGUGGUCUUCGGCGAGGAGCAGGAGGCGCUGGUGCUCAAGUCGUGGGCCGUCAUGAAGAAGGACGCCGCCAACCUGGGCCUCCGCUUCUUUCUCAAGGUCUUCGAGAUCGCGCCGUCGGCGAAGCAGAUGUUCUCGUUCCUGCGCGACUCCGACGUGCCGCUGGAGAAGAACCCCAAGCUCAAGACGCACGCCAUGUCCGUCUUCGUCAUGACCUGCGAGGCGGCGGCGCAGCUUCGCAAGGCCGGGAAGGUCACCGUGAGGGAGACCACGCUCAAGAGGCUGGGCGCCACGCACUUGAGGUACGGCGUCGCAGAUGGACACUUCGAGGUGACGGGGUUCGCGCUGCUUGAGACGAUCAAGGAGGCGCUCCCCGCUGACAUGUGGAGCCUCGAGAUGAAGAAAGCCUGGGCCGAGGCCUACAGCCAGCUGGUGGCGGCCAUCAAGCGGGAGAUGAAGCCCGAUGCCUAGUAGUGGCGAUUGCGACCAGUGUUUAACCCAUGACGCAGCGCCGUCACAGAUGUCCCGUGUGGUCUUGCGCUUUAGCAAUUUCUCUCUGGAGGGAGCGUGUAUUGUUAUCUUGUGAUCGAGAGCCUGUGUGCUGCCUUUGCUUCUUGUGAUUAUAUAGCUACUGAAUAAAGAUGUAGCGUUCUUCA